GAGAUAUAUUACUGUGGCAUACAUAGCAAUACCAUGGACAAUGGAAAUCCCUCUAGACAAAUUUUCAGUCUUUUGUUUUGUGAUGUGAUUGCAUGUUGUUUGAAUUUCCCAUGUUUGAGCAUUAGAAAAAUAUUAAAUGUCGUAGACAAGCAUUUCUUUUAUUCUCUGUAAUUGAGAUAAGCUUCAGUGAUAAUAAAAAAUCAAUAGUGAUCUGUUUAUGCUGACAUACUUAACAUCAGAGGAUUUCUUGUGGAUAUUUUUCCCCUGUAUGAAAGGGUGUGCUUUCUAUGUAAAUAUAUUAGUAGCCAAAGUUAUUGAACCAGCUUAGAUAGUUAACCCUCUAAUUCCCCCCAGGAAUAUCUUUUAAACUAUUGAUUGAUUUCAAGUAAAUUGGUAGACACAUCCUGUGCUAGCUAGAAGCACUGUAAUGAAGAGGUAAGGUGAGCUGAAUUGGACUUGGUUUUAAAUAUUUAAAAUGUUUUAUACAUGGUGUAAGCUCUGAUAUAUCAUAAUGCAAAUGCGUAACUACAUGUAGCUUUUAUUGACUUUCAUUAAUGAUACAGUAAUUUUCUUCAUUACUUUAAAAUUUGUGAAAGAUCAGAAGAAACAGAGAUAAUAUACAAUUUAUAGAUCUUUGAUAGAAUCUCAGAUUUGAUUAAAGCAAGACAUCAUGUUAUUUUAAAGAUUUCAAGCAAUAUUGUACCAGUCAGUAUUUGAUAUCAUGAACUUUGAAAAUCACAUACCCUUGAAAAUUAAAGCUCCACUUAAAAGUUUUGGGUUGUGUAGUGUUAGGAUUGCAGAAGCUGGUUGGAACACCUGAGUGUGUGGAUGGCAGGUCUAAGAGAUCUCUCCAGAUAACGUACCCUGUAUUUCCUCCUCAUAAUUUUUGAUGCAUUGACAGUAGAUUUUUGACACUCUACUUUUCCAAGCAACAGAGCUGGUAAUUUGUUUGAAAUUGAUUGGCCAUGUCAAAUACUUCUUUUGGUCGUUCAUCUGUGUGGUAAUAGAUUCUGAUGGAGUAUGCCUUUAAAAAGUGCACCAUGGGAUUAUUUUCAAUCAAUUCUAAUUUGAAAAAUUAAGCAUAUCAAUUUGAAAUGAACUUUUAUUGCCUUAUUGCAAUCUGUGAAAUCCAAAUGAAUCGUGUGGAUCAUCAAUCAAAUAUUUAAAUGAAUUUGGUAAACACCUGAUCACAAGUUUUUAAAAAAAAAAUUCAUUACAUCUUGUUUAUAAGUAGUCUUUUUACUGUGUGUUGUGUACACACGUUAUUGUAUAUAUGUAUUUACAUUUUCAAUUAUUUUGCCUCUGAUAUGUCUACAAAUUGUAAAGAUAGCCAUUUCCCCAUGAAUGCAUUGCAGUUGUAAACAAUUACUGUGCGUAUGAAUACAGAUAAAUAGGUCUAUUUUAAGGAGGUAAUAUAUGCUACACCAGAGAAAUUUGAUAUGGAUGAAAAGUGGGGGAUCAUAUGUACAACAAUAUUUUGCAAAUUAAAACUUUCAAAUUUACUUUAUUUAGUCAAAAAAUGCAGUUUUAGUAGAAAGCAAUCUGAAAAAAACCUUUGCUAGACUCAAACCCGCGAUCUACAGUUCAGUGGUCGACGUGCUGAGCUACUUAGCUAGGCAAUGAUUUUUUAAAUGAACAGACAAGUAUUGCUGAUAUUUAUAUUUUUCUUCCAUGUUUUAAAAGGAAGUCAGCCAUUAUGACUAUGUAGAGUACCUCCUUAAUGGCUUUGAAUUUUGACUGAAAUGAAAUUAGAGUAUAAAUACAAGAAAUAAACAUUUUUGAAAGUACAUGCGGGUAUGAACUGCAACUUUUCACUUUGGCAUACUUUUCAUGAAGUUCUAACACACAUUUCAUGCAGUAUGCCGGUGUGAAGCACAACACUGACAGUUCAUGAUACCCUCAUCAUGAAAUUCAUUUCUUAAGUUAAUUAUACAUGUACAUGUAUUAUUAAAUUUAUCUGAGUAUUAUUCACUUUCCAUUAUAUGAUUCUAUCUUGAUAUCACUUUUGAAUAUUGGAAGUGAGCACCAUGCAUUUAAUUUGUAAAGAUUUGGUCAAGGGAGUUUGCCGGUUUUGGGUUUUUUUUUAACAAAUUAAUAAUUGUUAAAAUCAUGAAUACUGAAGAUUCCUUGAUAUACAUGAGUAAUUAGCAUUCUAGUUGAUUCAUGCAAAGCCUUGCUUUUAUUUAUAGAUCACUAUAAUUUUGUAUAGAUUGAAUUAAUCAUUCAGAUAAUGGCACUCGUGAUUUUACAAUUUUGAACAUGCAGUGAUUUCACCAAUGUAACUACUGUCCUUGUGUGAUAUAAGGAGUCGACCUUUGUCAUUGUAGAAGUAGUACAUUUCAAUAUGACAUUGUUCAUGACAUGCUGGUUGUGUGAGGAGUGAACUUUAAUCGUAAUCGGAUUCUCUGAUCAAUACAAGGAUGGAGGGAAAUGGCCGAGGCUUGAAAGUAUUGACAAAAAUAAACUCACAAAUUGUGUAAUUGAAAAAUUCUUUUGCUCAAUAACCACAUAUUUUUCAAGAGACUUCAAUGAUUCAUUUCAAAUGAAUCAAAAACCAAAGAGAAGCCAUUUUUUCAUCCAUCAAACACAGAUUUUCGACAUAAAAACAUUGGCACUACCCAUAUUGAUUAAAACGAAAAUUGAAAUGGCAGGAAAAUAGUUGCAUGUAUAUGAAUGGUUAAUGACCCUAUCAGAGGCUUCGACAUCUGUUACAUAUUAUAGUUUGUAUUAACUUGGCGAGGACCAGUCGCCUGGCUUUUUCUUUGACUUUGGUUCAUUAGGAUAAUGAUAUCUGUUAUAGAACUUUGUGAAGGGAGGAAGAAAAAGUAUCAAGUGAUUAAUUCCCACCAAUAAAGAGAUCCAUUUAAGAUUUAAGGGGAUUAGAAACCGAAAACUGUGAGCUUAUAUCAUUUUAAAAACUGGUUUUGAUAGGCACUCAAACCAAUGUAUCACAAUUCAGCUUCUAUGAGGGUUAUCUCCCUUUAAAUUAGCACAUAGGCUGGUAUUUCUAAUGUGUCAAAAAGUACCUCAGCGUAAGAAAUUAAAAGAGAAUUAAAUUCAAUGAAUGUUUUUGAUAAUUCAACAAAUCAGUCAUUGCAUGACUCAUGUCGUCUGCUUCCACGUUUCUGAUGAUGGAUUCCAAUGGGCAAUGGCAGACGUGAGGAACUCUGUGAAGAAAACCCGGCAAGACAACAACUGUGUGAUCUUUGACACUCUCUGCAAUCAGGAGGCUUAAACUUGAUCCUAUAUGCAUGAUUUCAUAAAUAAAACUUUGUGGCUUUAACUGAAAUAGAAAUAUGACAAAUCCCUUCUCUGUAAUCUUUAAACCUUCACGAAAAGUUUUAUUUUUGUUUUUAAUGGUAAUAAAUAAUCGAAUUAAAAUUGUCAGAGAGAGCCAUGGCAAAUGUGUGGAGUUUUCAGCUCUCUGUCUUGAAAUAAUUUAGCAAAUGACAUCUUGACAGGAAAUAAUCUCAAACAACAGUCCUAUCUUGAAAGAUGAAUGGCAUCAGGCUCAGAAAUCGUCUCAACAUUAUCGCUUGUAAUUUACCAUUAAACUAAAGAAAAAGAUAGGCUUAAAGAAUAUAUACUUAUUACACGUAAUUGAUUAGAUUUGGUGUAGCCAUUCUGGCUUAUUGAUGAUUCAACCCUAGCUGCAGCUGUUUCUUAUUUUCAAAUUCUUUUGGGGGGAAGCUAUAAAAUUAGUCUGCAAUCAUCAAAAAUGUUUAUCAAUAGAUGGCUUGGAUCAUGACUGGUGACUUUAUUGGCUUGGCAGUCUGAAUUUUCAUUUUGGGGGGAAAAGUAGCUCUUUCAGUUUACCUUUCCUAAUUACUAGUGUAAAGACUUAAACUAUCUUGGGCCUCUCAGAUUCUGUUGCAGAUUGAAACAUGAAAGUGUCAGCUUUUCCUAUCUGCAAGGAAAUAAGAGAGGCAAUUACCCAUCUAAGUGUUAUCAUUCCUUAUCAAGAGAAAAAAGUUGUUAACAAAUGAAUUGUACAUAUAUGAAGUAAUUGCACUUACUCAGAGUAGCUCUGACCUCACUGUGGGUUUAGCAAAAGUGGGAUGGAAAAUAUGACUAUGCUGGACAAUUUAAAUGAUCGGAUAAUUAAUGAUUGUGUCACCAUGCAGGUGGGAUCAUUAUAGUACCGGUGUGUUUUAGGAGAUGCAGUCAUCUGAAAGAGUCUGAGUCCAUGAUGGAUUGUGUGAUGUCUGAACAUAGAUAUUACCUGUAAUUGUCCACAGCCACGACUUAUUGUUUUAACCUUUCAGCCCCUUGUGAUUUAUUGAGCAGGACAAAUAUGUGCUGUACUUUCAGAUUUGUGUGCUCCAGCACAAAGAAAUCUUUCACCUCAAUUAUUAAUGACAGGUGCCAUGAAGCAGAAACUCUGCUUGUGCCAGUUCAGUUGACCGGUCAUCAACUUGCCAUAAAGUUUUGGGAGUCAUUAAUGAAACCUGUACAAAAUUUGUUAUUUUUCAAUCACGAAAUUUUAAUGUGAAAUCUACACUUUAGAUACCACUGUGGUGACACAACCAAGCACUAGGGUGAUAUCGAUACACAGGUCAGAAUAGAUUUCGUGUAAUAUACAUCUCUGACCCAAGUCCUUUUUGGUGACACUCCCCCUUAUUUACAUUCUGUAGUACAACUUUCUCUUUUUUUUUCAUUGCUGUGAGUUGCCCACCUUUGACAAUCCCUAUCCAUCGAACGCAGUGAUUGGGUGAUGAAAACAUCUGAUAGGCGUUUGAUUGUUCAUGGGACUGAUGUACACAAUUAUUUUAUCGUAAGAAGAUAUUGUCUAUAACUGCAGGAGAAAAAAAUACAUCUCUUUCCCCAAUGUUUCGUCAGACUUAAUUACAUCUGCCUUGUCUGUAGAGAACGGCUGUAGAUGAGGGGGAGAAUUGAAAGACCUGAUUUCCAUCAGAUAUCCCUCCGAUUCGAUGUGUCUGUCUCAAGACAUCUCUAGGAUGUGUUGGAAUUUUGUGUCACUGACUCCUCGCUCUGUUAUCAGGACAAAAGGCUUUGGAGAAACUGCAGACGGAGGGGACCACAUUCCUUUGUUUUAUUUCGUGGGUGUCAUGUGACACCAAACAUUGAUAUCGAAUAUUGAAUUAUGCAGUUUGCGUCUCCCCUAACAUUGAAUGUACACAAAAGUUAUCUAAGUGGAUGGGAGGAAUUUAAUUUCACUUGGAUAAAAGAGUUUCUUAUGUGUGUGUGCCUGUAGUUGUUUAGUUUGACAUAAGAAAAAUUGUAGCUCCAUUACUUAAAAGUUUCCAGGCAGAAGUUGAUUCCCUCUCCAAAAGAAGUAAAGCAGCAGAGGCAGCCUUUUUGUCCAUUUAUAAGAGAAUUAUUGACCUUCCAGACCCUGUGCCUGUGUUAGAAUAUGCUCUACAGAUCCAGAAAAAAGCACACCGAGUCUCCGAUCUCGAGAUCGAAAACAAGCAACUGAGAGACACCCUGGAAGAGUACAAUCACGAGUUUGCAGAGGUUAAGAAUCAAGAGGUGACAAUCAAGCAACUGAGGGAUCGUCUGAAGGAAUGUGAAGACAAGAUCGAGGCUACAGCAGAGGCCAGAAGUAAAGAAAAAGAACGGGAAUUACAGCGAGUUUUUACGGAGAAGGAGAGGCAGUUGCAGGAGACCCAGCUAUCUGUGGCUAAGAAACUCGGAGAGGCUGAACAGCGAGUUACUUCCUUACAGACUGCUUUAGAGAAUGUGCAAUCCGAGUUGUUUGAAGUUAAAGCCAAGUAUGAGGAGGCCACUGCAGCCAAAUCGGAUGAAAUGGAAAUGGUGAUGUCCGAUUUGGAACGAGCUAACGAGCGAGCUGAGGCAUCUGAACGAGAAAUUGAGCAGAUUAGGACCAAGUUGACUGAGGUGACACAGAAGCAAAAAUUAGGGGAAACAACUCAAGAAGCCCCAGACAUGGAUCGAGCCAUUGACAUGUUCAAGCGCACUGGUCUUGAACAUGAACUUGCAGCUAAGGAGAAAGAGAUUUCACAGCUGGUUGAAGAUGUUCAAAGAUUGCAGGGCUCAUUAAACAAGCUACGAGAAGCUACCACCAGUCAGGUUUCCAAACUUGAGGAUGAAUUAGCAUCCAAAAACCAGGCCUUUAAGUUACUCGAGGAGAAGAUUAAAUCCCGGGAGGACUAUGAGGAAAUCAAAAGAGAACUUAGUGUGAUGAAGUCUAUAGAAUUCUCCAACAAUAAGCUGGGCUCUGAUGAGCCUGAUGGUGACAUUCAACCCAAGUCUUUGGAAGUCCUUCUCUUGGAGAAAAACAAGGCACUUCAGUCAGAAAAUACAGUCCUGAAAGUCAACAACAGUGAUCUCUCAGGAACCACAACACCUGCCCUUUCUGAAAAUGCUGCUGCAUUUGCCUCUAUGCUAGGAGAGGAAAUAGCUUCCACCUAUCAGCGCCAAAAUUCAUCUAGAAUCUCAACUCCAUCAUCACCUCCUACCCCAUCUAGCAAUGGCAUCAAAGAAGAGUCACUGCCUGAAAAAAUCACUCCAAAAAGGCCCACAUCUCUAGAGAGAAUGCCCAGUGUAUCUGGAGAUAGUACCCCCAAUCUCCCACCCCCUCCCUCACCCCAGUUUUUCCCAUACUUGAAUGGUCAUGGACUCCCAAAUUAUAUGAGUAUGUCCAUGGGGAAAACUGACCCAAGUAAUUCACAAGGAAUAGACACUUCUUUAGUGGCCAAAACUGUACGAGAACUUCUCAGUAUUCAUAACAUUGGACAACGUUUGUUUGCCAAGCAUGUGCUUGGGUUGUCGCAAGGCACCGUGAGUGAACUUCUAUCCAAGCCCAAAUCUUGGGACAAGCUUACAGAAAAAGGACGUGAAUCGUACAGAAAGAUGUAUGCGUGGGCUACAGAUGAAAGAAAUAUCAUGGCACUGAAGGCCAUUUCCCCUAAAAAAGCAAGUCGUUCAGCCUUAAGUCUAAGGUCGGCGUUUAACCCCAUGUUCCCCUUCGCAGGGCCCACAACUCUGGUACCAAGUGUGCAGAGGGAAGACUCCCAGACAGAGGAAAGAAUUGCUCAAAUUCUGAAUGAGGCUCAGCAGGCUAUGCAACUUAAAAAGGCAAUGGAACAGCAACAAGUGGCACAUGCUAUGGUGAAUAGCUACUACCAGCAGGAGAUGACUAGAUUAGCACAGGUGACAGCACAUCAUGGACUGGCCUCACCACAUAGUUCUGCUGCUUCAGUUAUAACCAGCUCAGGGCCACUUGGCCUGCCACAUCCCAAAGAUCUGGAUCACCAUCGCAGACGUGAAAGUUUGGAUAGCCAGGGGUCAGCCAAAGAAAUGGUAGAAAGGAUAUACCGCCAGGAAUUGAUGAAACUGGCACAAGCUGCCGAGAGUGCAGGAAAUAUUGCAGCAGUCACUAUGUAUCAACAAGAGCUUGCCAGACUGGCUCAGAAUGCCCAGAAGGGAGACACUGAACCCGGGGAAAUAAGACGAUCUCGAGGGUCACCUGAACAGGUGAGCAUCAAGAUGGAACCCACUGAGAUGUUGAUUGAU